AUGGCCAUUACCAAACCCUACUUGGAAAAAAGUCCAUUCCGUGCAGAGCUAAUAGCUCGUUACACAGAAUUGGCUAACUAUGCAUCGUUGGCAGGUCCUUUUCAAAAAGGCAAACAUUUCUUCUCAUUCCGGAAUACUGGGUUACAAAAUCAAGACGUGCUUUUCAUAUCAGAUUCAAUUAAAGAUGAAGGCAAAGUAUUUCUUGACGUGAAUACACUCAGCAAAGAUGGCACAGUUUCGAUAGAUAGUUAUUCAUUCAGUGACGACGGAACUUUGUUUGCAUAUUCAUUGGGUUCUGGCGGAUCUGACUGGAAAACAGUGCACUUCAAGGAUGUGGGAAAAGGUACUGAUCUCAAUGACAAGCUGGAAAAAGUGAAAUUCUCAAACCUAGGAUGGUCGAAAGAUGGCAAAGGAAUAUUUUACGCGGCAUUUCUUGAUCAAAAAGGUAAAGCCGAUGGUUCUGAAAAUGAUGCGAAUAAAAAUCAAAAAAUUUAUUACCACUUGCUUGGGACCGAACAGAGCAAAGACUUGCUGAUAGCAGAAUUUCCAGAUAACCCAGAUUACUUUGUAGAUUCCAAUGUGAGUGAUUGCGGUAAAUACCUGGUUGUGCAAGUGAAUCAAGGCGGUAACAAUAAUUUGAUUUACAUAGCUGAUAUAAGUAAAGAGAUCACAGCCAAGCCGCAACUUAAACCAAUAGUCACCAAAAUGGAAAAGAAUUACUAUUUUGUUGCCAACAACGAAAACCAAUUCAUUUUCCAAACUAAUAAAGACGCCGAUAACUACAGACUAAUUACGAUCGAUAUCACAAAUCCAGAUCCCAGCGCAUGGAAAGACCUCAUACCUGAAGAUAAAAAGUUUAGCAUGGAGUGGGCCUCGGCAGUACACGAUAAUUAUUUGGUGUUGGGCUAUAUCGAAGACGUUAAAAGUGUUCUACAACUACAUAACAUAAAAACUGGUGAAAUGAUCAAAAAAUUCCCGUUGGAAGUGGGUACAGUUGGAGGUGUCUCUGGUGAUAGAAAUACUCCUCACAUGUUUUUCAACUUCGUAUCAUUCCUUACACCCGGAAUCACUUAUCAUUGUGAUUUAUCUAAAGCAUCGUUUGAUCUCGAGGUUAUAAAUGAAAUCAAGUUGAAGGAUUUCGAUCGCGAAAAAUUCACUGUGGAACAGAUAUUCUAUCCGAGUAAAGAUGGAACCAAAGUCCCCAUGUAUUGUGUUCAUAAGAAGGACUUGAAGAAAUCUGGAAACAAUUUCGCUUUCAUGACCGCAUACGGUAGCUAUGGUAUCAGCAGUAUGCCAUCUUUUUCAAUCACACGUUUGGUGGUCGUAGGAAAUUUCGAUGGCAUACAUUGCGUGGCAAAUAUCAGAGGAGGAGGGGAAUAUGGUGAAAAGUGGCAUCAAGCUGGGUCGCUGGAGAAUAAACAACACUCUUACGAUGAUUUUCAAGCCGGUGCUCAGUACUUGAUCAAUGAGAAAUACACGACUAAUAAAUUGCUAGCCAUAAAUGGAGGAUCGAGUGGUGGUCUUAUGAUGGGUGUCUGCCUCAACCAGAGACCAGAUUUAUUCGGUGUUGUAGUCGCCGAUGUACCUACUAUGGAUUUGUUGAGAUUUGACAAAUUCACCGGUGGUCGUGCAUUUGCAACAGAGUACGGUUUACCAUCUGAUCCAAAAAUGUUUCCAAUUAUACGUAAAUACUCUCCUCUACAUAAUAUUCAUAUUCCUGAAGCUAGUAAUCAGCAAUACCCUGCCACCAUGCUCACAACUUCUGAUCAUGACGAUCGAGUUCCACCUCUACACUCUUUGAAAUUUAUCGCAACGUUACAAUAUGAAGCUAAGAAACGUCCCAAUCAGCAAAAUCCAUUAGUACUCAAAGUUGAUACUAAUGCCGGUCACGGUGGUGACAAGCCAUUACAAAAACAGAUUGCGGAUCGCGUAGAUAUGAUGUGUUUUAUCGUAAAAAACACUGGAAUUCAGUUCCAUCCAUUCGUUAGUCAGUAAAAUUUCAUCUGAAAAAUAAUUGUAGGAAAGUACAUAGGUAAGGUACCUACGUGAAAUGUAGGUACAAAUGUGUAUCAUAUCUCACAGUUCUGUUGAUGGAGGAAAUUUUUAUUUCUAACCCUCGAUAACCA